CAUUUAUUAUUGAUUUAAGACUGUAUAAGAAAAAAGGGAUAAAUUGGACGAAGAAAAGGCUAAAUUGGAUCAAAAGAAAGUUCGGCUUCUGGAUUCUAACUCCAACUGGUCGGCCCAAAUUUCCACCCAAGCACAAAAAUUUGCAGAUCUUUCAGUAAAUUCUCUCUCUCUCUCUCUCUCUUCUCUCUCUCUCUCUCUAAUUUUGAAUUUCGCAUGCUGCAUUUCGGUGUACACACUACACAGGGCGGGAGCAAAAGAGAGAGAAAAGAACAUGGAAGAAGACCCAAUUCCUUCUUCAGAACCACUCGACCUUAACACCGUUCAGAGACAAGUGAGAGAGCUGGAAGAGAUUAUCGAAAGUUGUCGCCAGGACGAUGCCUCAGAAUUAUCCCCUUCAGAUUCUGAUGAUUUAAUCAGAAACUGCGGUCUCCUCCUCCAGAGCAGAGUUGAACAGAUAGUAUCAGAAUGCUCUGAUGUUGGUCUCUUAGAGGAUCAAGAAUUUGAAGCAUACGUAGGACGUUUUGAGCAGGAGCUCAACUCUGUGGAGGCUGAGAGCACCAAGGUCUCAAAUGGAAUUGAGGAUCUCAUUCGAACCCAUGGGGAAGAUUUUAAUCGACUUGGCACUGAUCUUGCACAGUUGAAAUGUUCAUUAGAUUUUGUUGAAGAAAAGGAUCUGAAGAAAGCAAAACUGGGUGCAGAUGUUGAUUACCAUAAAUGUGGGAAAGAUCUGUUGGAUCCGAUGAAUGUGAAUGCAGACAAGUUUGAGCUACUGGAACUUGAAAAUCAGAUUGAGAAGAACAAUAUAAUUUUGAAGUCUUUACAGGAUUUAGAAUGUACACUUAAAUGGCUUGACAACACAGAACAGAUUGGGGAUGCAGUUACAGGUCUUAAGGUCAUUGCUUUUGAGGGAAACUGCGUUAGGUUGUCACUUAGGACAUACAUUCCGAAGUUGGAAGACCUUUUCUCCCCAAAAAAAGUUGGAGAUGCCACUGAGUCAUCUGAAGUGAAUCAUGAGCUGCUAAUUGAACUUCUGGAGGGGACUAUGGGUUUAAGGAAUGUUGAGAUUUUUCCAAAUGAUGUAUACAUAAACGAUAUUCUUGAUGCUGCAAAGUCUUUGAGGAAAUCUUCAUUGCAGUGGUUUGUAACAAAAGUGCAAGACAGAAUAGUUCUAUGCACCAUGAGGCGGCUAGUGGUAAAAAAUGCAAACAAAUCAAGUAAAUCCAAAUGUUUUCAUUUGGAAUGCAUCAAUUUGCCCAUGAAUUUUAUAUCUCGAAGUCACCUAAAUCAAGUAGUUAUAUUUUAUGUUAUCUCCAAUUAAUUUUGUUCUAAUAUGCUGUCUUCUUGUCAUAAGCAUGCAUGCCAACCUUUUUGUAUUAAGGUCUGGUUCCUGGAUGGAAAAGUAAAUAAACAACAUAAUUUAAUCGUGGAGUUUUUUAUAUAAAUUUUCUUGGAUAGUGCAAUAAUUUGUUAGUUUUAGCAGGGGACAACCAAAGUACAAAAGCAGUAUGCGUUAAAAAUGUAAGAACAAUAAGAAAAUACAUAUGCAGAAGUGCUAGGGUGAAAAACUGACAGAUCGUUAUUUACAAUGCUGUUGACUAUUUCGUGUAUAUUUGAGAAAUUUCAUCAAAUUGAUGGCAGUUGCAAGCAUGCCUAGUGAGCUUAAAAUUUGGAUAUUUUGGUUUCUUUUGAACCAGUUUGAGCUUAUAUAAAAAUAUACUAAAAUGUGAAUUGUUCAUAAAAAAAGCUAUUAGAUUUCAUACAUGUUUAUUAUUUUCAAUAAUAUGAAAGAAAGGUUAAGUGUUGAUACAAACUCAGAUCCUCUAAGCAUGUAAUUGUUCUUGCAGACAUUGAUGUAUUGUCUCUACAAUAAUAGUUUCUUCGUACUAUGCGUUUUCUCAAAUAAUUGUGCAUAAUGUUUUCUUGCGGUCUCUUUUGGUUCCUAGUGUCAUGUCUUUCUGUUACAUGUAUAAAUUCAAAAUUUCACAAAAUAAAAUAAAAAAUGGUAAAGUCCACUGUAAUGCCUGGUUCUUUUUUUGGUGAGCUUUACCCUUCUUUUGAUUGCAUAAU